CACGGGUAUCUCCUGACGGCUGCCGUGGCCGCGGGAAAGGCAACAGUAGACAGGGCUUACAAUGUGCCCGAAAUGAACAAAUACCUCGACUUUAUUAAUCUUAUGACUUAUGACUUGCACGGCAGUUGGGAACAGAAAACCGGUCAUCAUGCUGCCCUACACACUGGUCCUGGUGACACUGACCAAGAUAAAAUGCUAACUGUUCACUACGCUGUAGACUUAUGGCUACAACUAGGUGCUGAGCCUAAAAAACUAGUGGUAGGCAUUCCCUUAUACGGUCGUACAUUCAAGUUGGCCGCACCUGAAAACAAUGGUUUCAACGCUCCGACUGCCGGGGCCGGGAGUGCCGGUCCAUACACUAAACAAAGCGGAUUUCUAGGCUAUAAUGAGAUUUGCGAAAACAUAAGCAAAUGGUCGGUCAAAUGGUGUGACCAGAGAAUGGCUACCUAUGCUGUGAUGGGAAGUGAUUGGGUUGGCUACGAUAAUGAGCAAAGUAUCAAGGCAAAAGUGGAGUUCAUUAAGAGUAAGGGUUUGGGUGGGGCUAUGGUGUGGUCCAUAGAGACCGACGAUUUCAAUGGUGUUUGCGGUUCGGGAAAGUAUCCCUUAAUUAAUGCCAUUAAUAAUGCGUUAAAAGGUUAAUAAUAAUAAUAAAUCCAAAUGUAUCUGGUAAGAUUAAUAUGUUUAAUGC